GUAUCUGGAGUUGCCAAAGUACCCUUCUCUAGUUCAGUGUUCUCCCCCUCCCCUUGCCUUGCUCUUUUAACACACCCACAGAGCCGCCCCGAGAGUGGAAAGUUUCAGGGUCAGGGAGAACCUCUACCCUCCCCCACUUUCCAUUGUCUAAAAUCAGCCUCAGCUGUUCCCUAAUUUUUCUUUGCUGGUGAUGUCAGUCCAUCAAAGUGUCUCACCCUGUGCUCCCCCAGGGAGAACAAUAAUGAGAUGGAAGGAGCUGGAAAGACCGUAUUAGGAAUAAGAGGUGGAGCCAUGAGCAGAGAUAAAGGCUCAAGUCUAGGGGACUCCUAGUCAUUCGGGCAGCAGCCCCUCCUCUCCUGCCCUCAUCUCCACUGCUCCAGUGUUCACAGGUCAGCUCACCAACAGCCACCGCUCAUGAUGGAGGCCAUCAAGAAAAAGAUGCAGAUGCUAAAGUUGGACAAGGAGAAUGCCCUGGACCGAGCAGAGCAAGCGGAAGCUGAGCAGAAGCAGGCAGAGGAGAGGAGCAAGCAGCUGGAAGAUGAGCUGGCAGCCAUGCAGAAGAAGCUGAAAGGGACGGAGGAUGAGCUGGACAAGUAUUCUGAAGCUCUGAAGGAUGCUCAGGAGAAACUGGAGUUGGCAGAGAAGAAAGCUGCUGACGUGAGUAUUAGAGAGAUGGAAGGGGUUUAAUCCACACACGCAGAGCGCCACGUUCAUGUGACUAAAUUCCAAACACACUUGGACACAUACAUACUGGUGGGUUCACAGAGCAUCGACACACUCACAUACAUUUCUGCGUAUAAUCGCACGCUGACAUACUCUUGUAAUGGCACGCACAUUUGUUCUUAAGCACA